GUUCCCAUGGCAGCAAGCCGACGAAGCUUGUUGAAGACGUUUAGUGGGGUAGAUUUUUUUACGUAAAAUAUUUUUUAAAAUAUUUAAUGCAUACAGGUGAUGGGGGACUGUUUCAUGUGUAUAUCUUAAACAAAAACUUAUUUUAAGAUAUUCGGUUAAAAUAUGUUACAAAGAAACGUUUGUACUUCGGGGGAAACGACUGCACGGAAACGAGCGUUGUGAGAUUCCGAAGGAAAUACUUGCUACCUUUUUCAGUUUUUUGUUACCACUCUGAGUCACUUUUUUUAAGAGUAUCAAGAAACUGCUGCUGUUUUCAGCAUUUACAACCGCGAAGUGAGAGAAGCAUAAGGACUCUGAAACUGCUGGCAGGAGCGAGCUCAAAGCAACUUAAGCCAGCAUGGAGACUUCUGCAGACAGAGAAGACGGAAAAGAAACUGUCAAAAUCACAGUUGAGCUGCUGAAAUCGAAAAGUGGAGAAUUUGAUUUGGAAUCGGUUUUAUUUUUGAAACUAAAAGGCCUUGGUAUCUCUGACAUUGGAUGUAUUGAGAAGUGCGUAAACCUAGAAAGAGUAGAUUUGUCAGACAACAGUAUUAAAAGUCUGGUUGCACUUGGUUCCUUAAAAGUUCUUAUGGUACUAAAUGUUUCAGUCAACAGAAUCGGCAACCUAGAGCCACUAAGUGCUUGUGGAAAUUUGCAGAGUUUGAAUGCAGCUGGUAAUUUAAUUAACAGUUUUGACAGUCUGAGAUGUCUUACUAAUCUAAAAAAAUUAGAGACAAUUCGUUUGCACGACUCUCUUCACAACCACAGUAAUCCAAUAUGCACAAAUGCUGCAUACAGAACAAUUGUACUAGAUAUGCUUCCCAAUAUAAAAGUUUUAGAUGGAGAAAGGAUUUCUGGGCGGGGAAGUGAUCUGUACCAGCUUUGUAAAGACAUUGAUAAUUCACUGAAAGGGUUUUAUGUCAGCAGUUUAGUUGGUGCGAUUCCAAGCGCAAAGCCAUGGACUGAUGAAGGAUACUGGGAUCUUAAGACUAGCCAAAAUGAUAUUGUUGAUAAAGCCUAUAGACAGUUUAAUGAUAUUCUUCAAGAGUGUAAACAAUUGAGUAGGAAAGCUGAUGAUGCAAUUGAACAAACCGAAAGAGCUUUGGAGAUAAAGAACAACAGUCCUCAUUAUAUGUUAUAGUGAAUUGUAGGAAAUUAUCAAAAACAGCAUUUCCAAUUGAAUCUAUAUCAAGUGUGCAAUGAUGUUAUCCUUAAUAGUGAAUUACAGCAUAUCUCCCUCACUCUAGCUCUCUUUUCCUUUUUAUUUAUUUAUUUUAUUAAUGGGAUAAGCUGGCUAAGCCAAGUGCGCCUGUUUCAGCCACAAGCAAAUGUAAUGAUUUAAAACACAUUAAUUGUAUAUAGAUAGCAAAUUGUAGUCAGUCAUAGAUUUCUAUAUUAAUAUCUCCAUAUUUUAUAACAUAGAAUCAGAGCUAUAGGGACUGAUCGGAUGUGCUGGUACCAAUAUUGUAUAUUUGAAUUUGACUGUGAUGUGCACACUUUCUGAUCAAAAUGAAUAUGUUUAGUGGAGCACAGUUUUAUGUUAUAAUCUCAUGCCAAACUGCAAAGCCACAUAAAUGAACCUAAGGGUCAAGCAUCACAAACUUUCAGGUUGCAUAUUGGUUAAUGUUUGUGUAGUAAAGCUCCAAUCUCUUUGGUUCAUUCCUUAUAAUAUAUCACUAUGUGGGUUCCUCUGUGAUAAAUUCUUACAGUGUGGAGUUUGCAUGGUCUCCCUAUGAUUUCUCCAGGUGUGUGAGUUUUCUCCAACCUUCCGAAAAAUGCUGUUUGAACUGACUAGUUUCAACUGUGUGAGUGUGUGUGUGUGUGUGUGUGUGUGUGUGUGUGUGUGUGUGUGUGUGUGUGUGUGUGUACAGUAAAUUAACAUCUAGGUGGACCUUAAAUUUGAUUUGUUGUUAUAAUUGUUUAAUGUUUUAACUACAGAGUAUAUUGUUUUAUUAAUAACUUGGAAUCUGAUCUUAAUGUAUCUUUUGCACCUUGUAAGCUUAACACUGAAGAUGCAGUUCAUUUGCCAACAUUUCUUCCUUGUACAAACAACACAUUCUAAAGUGCAAUCGUUUUGCUGCAUAAUCUUCCGCCUAUAAAAUGGAACUACAGUGUUUUAUGUCACUGUUAAAAUCAAACAUGUACAUCCUGAAUUCCAUAUAUCUUUCUGGGGGGUGUCAGCAUUUUUGUUACCUUUUCCCCUUGUAGUUCCCUUCCUCUGCAUUGUGGCUUUGUCUUUUAAGUCUGACUAUUGAUAAUUAUGAAUACUAGACCUCUGGUAUCUUUUGCCAUAGUUUUAAGUAUUUCUCAGAAGUUUGUACUGUUAAACAUUACUACAUGGUAACUGCUGGUAUUAAGUUGGCCUAUCAUGCUGAUGUUCUUUAUGACUGAUUUAUGUUUUUUUUCCUUCUCUUUCUAUUUGCACCCUGAGUUUUCCCUACAAAAUUAAAUUUGGGGCUACCUAGUUGCCAGUAGACCUCUUGACUAUCCCUGUUUUGGAAGAACAUUUCUAUAUUCAAGCUUCAUUUACCCCAAUGCACGGAGUUCCUGGUUUUGGACAUAUGUCCAUAUUCUCAGGCUUAAGUUGCCCAUUCAAACAAUUCUCUGAAUCCUCCUAAUCACUUGUGAUUUAUGAAGCUGUCUAGUACACAGAAAAGCACACUACAUAACCAAUAUGCUAGUGGCACCAGUAAUAUAAAUAAAGAGAAUACAAAUCUUAAAACUCUUCUUUUCAGAAUGGAAAAAAUAAAUGACUUUAUAAGGCAGAAUCUUGCAAUACAGUUCAUCAAAGUCUGCAUAUUUUACACCAUCUCUUUAACAUGCUUAUAUCUUUCUGUUAUUAACUAAGAUCCAGGAACAAAAAUCACUUGCAGAUCACUAAAGCCAGUAACUCUGCUGGUGAAGCACUAUUCUCUUGCACCAUAGCCAAAUUAUGGGACUCCCUCCCACCCACAAUUACCUCCAUACCAUCAU